ACAACGUCUCUCAGCCAAGUCUCGGAGUCAAAGACAGUUGGAAGGGCCGUGCGUGGACCCCUCGAAAAUAAUGACGAUCGCAGCCUUGCACUUUCCGUCAGUCACAGCAAAGUCAAUAGCUGCUACUUCACUCUGCACUUUCCAACCACGACCUUCGAGUCUGACACGCCAAUCCCAUUCUUUAUUUCCACCAGCAGCCCCCAUUCUCUGGCGCCACGGGAUAGAAAAAACCGCCCACUUUCGCUAGCAUUGCGCAACUUUGCGGCGGCCCACGAUCGACAGAACAAAGGCCAUUCACUUCACGCCGUCUUUGGCAACCUUGCUCUCCCACAUCGACCGUUACCUCAGCUCACGUCCGACACACUCGCAAACUCACCUAAAUCAUCCUACGCGACUCUACCUCCGCCAUGGUCUCCCAGAAGAAGCCCUCGGGCGCCGCGCGCAGCGCACGUGGUGGCAUCGCGAAGAGGAAGACUAGAACCGACCGCGAUGGCGACCUCGUCAUGGAUCCCACUGCGCGCACCCGUGGUGGUGGCGUUGCAAAGGGCGGCAAAUCUGGCGCUCCCGCCGGCCGUGACAAGACAAGAGGCGCAAAGGUCAACCCUCGCGGCGCCGGCUUCGAGAAGAAGCUCGCGAACCACAUCGGAGGCUCUGCCGUGCGCACAAGAAACCAACCAAGCAGAGGAUUAGAAGAGCUCCGCGUCACCGGCUACAAGAACAGCAAGGCCGCCUCUAACUCUGACGGUGGUCUGAACUCGCUCAUCGUGUGGCUGGAGAAGAGGGCCUCGUUGAAGUCAAAGAGAGCUAUCAAAAUCAAGAAGUCUCGAGCCGAAGGAGAUGAUGUUCUAGUGUCUGUUCCCGCUGAAGAUGCCGUCUACGUGCUGCGUGUCGAUGGCUUUGUCUUUGCUGGAACAAACAUCAAGAUCGAACGAGCCUCUGCCCAGGAUCUCGACACUGGCGUCUCCAAGGAGAGCACCAUCGCCAUGCUCAAGGGUGUUCUGGCCAGGAGAUACAAUGUUGAGACCAAGUUGCUCGAUCUAAGCGCCCUUGGUGUGGACCCUGAUCUCAAGGCUGCUCAAAUCUUCGACAGCACCUCAACCACAGGCAAAUUCUUCCCUGCCCUGAUGAAGGUUCUCGAUCAACAGUUCAAGACUGCCGCAGAGAAGCAUGAGGCCAUAACCAGCGUCUCUCUCGCCAACAACCAACUCACAAGCGUCGCUCCCGUCACAACUCUAGCUCAAACAUUGCCGCAGCUCAUCAACCUUGACCUGUCGAACAACGCCUUCAAGGAUCUGACCGGUAUCGAGGCAUGGAGACGCAAGUUCCCCAAGCUCGAUCACCUCAUCGUGUCUGGUAAUCCCCUCGAGCAAGCAGAACCCGACUACGCUGCCAAGCUCAUGGCCUGGUACCCCAAGCUCCGUCUCCUCAACACUCUUCAAGUACGCUCCGACCAAGAGGCAGAGAAGGGUCGUCGUGUCACAGACAUGCCCUUCCCCAUCAAGGGUCCGAACUUCCAGGACGAAGGUCAGAUCGCCGAGAACUUCUUGCGCACCUUCUUCGCUGGCUACGACACAGAUCGCGCCGCGCUGGCACAGCAUUACUACGACGAGCAAUCCGAUUUCUCAUUCUCUGUCAAUACCGCUGCUCCUCGCGAUCCCACAAAGUCUCACGACACCGUCCCUCAAGAAUGGGACUUCUACAUCAAGCGCAGUCGUAAUCUGAAGAAGAUUACCCAGCUUCCUGCAAGACAGAGUCGUCUCUGCCGCGGUGCUCAGGCUAUUCACGAGAGCUGGUCUGCUCUACCCGCCACGCGUCAUCCUGAUCUCGCUACCCAACCUCAGAAAUGGCUCAUCGAGUGUCAGUCACAACCCGGUGUCCCUGACCCUACUGGCGCCUCUCCUGUCGGUGUCGACGGCUUCCUCAUCACCAUCCACGGCGAAUUUGACGAACUUGACGUCAGCACUGGUCAAGUGAAGAAGACUCGCUCCUUUGAUCGCACUUUCAUCCUCGGUCCUGGCGGUCCUGCCGGUGUCCGUGUUGUCAACGACAUGCUCACCAUCCGCGCUUACGGAGGUUUCGCCGCCUUCGAGCCCGAACAAACCGAACCACAAGUCCAAGCCGAGGCCGGCGUGCCCGUACUCCCACCAGGACUCACCCCCGAAAUCGCCGAACAAAUGAUCAUCGAGCUUCAGAAACAAACCUCCAUGACGGUUCAAUACGCCAAGGACUGUCUCGAGCAGGUGCAAUGGGACUUUGAUCGCGCCUUGCAGGCCUUUGCUGCUGUCAGAGCCAAUUUGCCCGCCGACGCCUUUGUUCAGGCUGCUUAGGAAGAUUCAUCGAGUAUGGAUGAGACGGACGAUGACUGGCUGGUGGUAAUGACAAAGGUCGGCCGGAGAUGAGAGCAACACCUACUUUCAUGGUGGCUUUGCUUCUCGACUCAACACAUGCAUUCUCACAACGGAGUCUUUCUUGUUUUCCAGGGACAGUAUUCAAGCAUUUUCAAAGGACAAAAACAACAACUUGGCAUGAAUCAAGGGUUUAAGGGAAGGUGAUCGCGAGGUCUUUUGAUUUGCGAAGGCGAUUCUUGGAGUUAUGGGUUAUUGUGCUUUCUCUUGUCUCUUCUACUUUCUUUUUUUUUGACCGAAUGGCUAUACAAAUCAUGGCCUCUUUCUACGGAGGAGAGCCUAGCCUGUCUUACACAACCUUAUGAUGUCUAUGAGACAUUGAGUACAUAGACCCGUUGCGAAUGCACAAAGAAAAUGCACUCGCUGUACACACAAAACUUCUUUUCACACCUGA